CAAGGAAGUAGCAGUCGCAAAAACAAAAGAUUACCAUGCCAUCACAAGAUAAAAACCAAGAUUCGUUUUGUGGUUGAUUUACAAGAUGACAUCAGUUUUCACUUCUCACUCUCCUGGCACAGCCAUGUCCAAAGAGGUAGGAGAAGGCACUACGUCUGAGUCGGUGACAUUGGCAACCCAAAGCGUCAUGGCCUCUGAGGAUAGAAGAGAGAACAGCCGCCGUGGUGCAGCUGUGGAGGCCACAGGCAGUACGGCAGAGACCAGCACGGCUGCAAAAAACCUGGCCCUCCUGAAAGCUCACUCUCUGGAUGUCAAUUUUGAAGUUGGUGAGGAGUAUGAUGUCAUCGAAACCAUCGGCACUGGGGCUUAUGGAGUGGUUUCCUCCGCCAGGCGACGAGACAACGGCCAGCAGGUGGCAAUAAAGAAGAUCUCCAAUGCCUUUGAGGUGCUGACAAACGCCAAACGCACAUUGAGGGAGCUUAAGAUUCUCAAGCACUUCAAACAUGACAACAUCAUUGCUAUCAAAGACAUCCUUCAACCAAACCUCCCCCACUCUGCCUUCAAGUCUGUAUAUGUGGUGCUGGACCUGAUGGAGAGUGAUCUUCACCAGAUCAUCCACUCCGGCCAGCCGCUAACCCCUGAACACACACGCUACUUCCUGUACCAGCUUCUCCGUGGCCUCAAGUAUGUCCACUCAGCCAACGUCAUCCACCGUGAUCUGAAGCCUUCCAACCUGCUGGUGAAUGAGAAUUGUGAGCUGAAGAUUGGAGAUUUCGGAAUGGCAAGGGGCCUCAGCUCACACCCUGAGGAGUCCCACUCUUUCAUGACAGAGUAUGUGGCAACACGAUGGUACCGUGCCCCAGAGCUUAUGCUGUCUCUGCAUCACUACAGCCUGGCUAUUGACUUGUGGUCAGUGGGCUGCAUCUUUGCUGAGAUGCUUGGCCGCAAGCAGCUUUUCCCAGGGAAGCAUUACGUCCACCAGCUGCAGCUGAUUUUGUCAGUACUGGGCACUCCUCCUGAUGGGCUGAUCAGUGCCAUCAGGGCUGACCGGGUGCGCGCUUUUGUACAGAGCUUACCUUCACGGGCCCCUAUACCUCUGGCCAAACUAUAUCCACAGGCUGAGCUUGAUGCUCUGGACCUGCUGGGGGCCAUGCUGCGCUUCGACCCUCGAGAGAGGAUCAGUGUGACUCAAGCUCUAGAGCAUCCAUACUUGGCCAAAUACCAUGACCAAGAUGACGAGCCUAUCUGCGUUCCAGCUUUCGACUUCGAGUUUGACAAGCUACCAAUGAACAAGGAACAGAUUAAGGAGGCCAUACUGAUGGAAAUCCAGGACUUUCACAGGAAGAAACAGAGCAGCCGCCAAAGGCUGCAGUUCAGACCCUUGCCAAGGGCAAAUGGGGGGGUGGGGGGUGGUAGCCGUGGUAUUGUCAACUUGACCUCCACAGCAACGAUUCCCAUGGUGCAGCAGGUGGAGGUAAAACCCAAACAGCGACAGCAAGACACCAUCAACCACACACCAGCAGAUAGAAGCCAGACAUUUUCAAACCAUAUGGUGCCUUUCAACAAACCACCUACAUCCCUUCAUAUGAGCCACACCCUGCCUCUCCUCUCUAAGAGCGAGAAUGGCCCUGUUGAUGUCGACAUGCCCAGUGCCAACUCUGAUGGGGGCCAGCCUGAGACUAUUGACCUAACCACACCAGUGUCUAGCCAGGAAGCCCCGUCAGAGCCAAUGAGAGACUGCUCCAAGGAGGAGGAACCACAAGGAAGCCAGACUUCUCUGACCCAGGCCAACCAGCCCAUAGCCCAACCUGACCCAACGUUACCUGUGACCCCAGUUCAAGGCAUGACUUCCCUCCCCACUGCGGUGCCCUCUCUCUCUCUCUCCCAGGCCCAAGCCCAGUCGUUAUCUCAGUCCCUCUCCCAUUCUUUGGCCAAGGCUGCCAGGGUGCCACCAGGAGAGGGGCCCAGGAAGGAUGGAGCCAUUUCUGAAGACACCAAAGCUGCACUCAAAGCAGCACUGUUAAAAUCAGCUCUCAGAAACAAAGCCAGAGGUGAUGGGGGUUCCUCACUGUUGGGGCUGGAUGCUGGGGGAGGAGGGGGUCAAUCCACCUCCCUGUCAUCCCUCCAGGAGCUGCGUCGACCAGUCACAGCUCAGAAGCGCCAAAGAGAACGAGAGGAGAAGAGGAGAAAGAGGCAGGAGCGAGCGAGAGAGAGAGAGAGGAAGCUGAAAGAGAAAGAGAGGAGAGAGGGCAGACAUGGUGAUUCGCUGGGUGGAGUUCUGUUGAGUGACAAUGACAAAAGCCUAUUGGAACGCUGGAAAAAGAUGAUGGAUGGCUGUAAUGACAAACACCAGACUCCCAACAACGAUGGAGAAAAGACUAAGAACUGUAACAUAAACUCCCAUCUUAGCAUUGGGUUGAAUGAGAACGGCCAAUCAGCUGCAGGCAAAAACACAGAAAAAGAGGCCGGAAAUAUUCAGUCUCUUGAACAGUUGAUCCCUCAGGUGAAACCCAACCUGCCUGGUGUGUUUCAUCCUCCUAACAGCCAGGGGUCACUGCCUUUCACAAUGAGCCUGGCUAAACCGGCUGAAAGAGUUACUUCUGUGAGUGGAGGAAUAGAUACAAUGGGGGCCAGUGGAGGUUUUGUCAAAAACAAUGGGCUAAAGCCACAGGAGGAGAUGGAGGGGGGUGGUGAUUUCAGUUGUCUAGGGAACUGGAGCUGCCAACAGGUGGAAGCGAGGUCAACUCAACAACCACAGCCCAACAGGUCACCUCAGCCCCCAGCGACAAACUUCCUUCAGCCCCAACUCCAGCCUAAAAGUCAGCCUAACAUUCAGCAACUUCCACUGGACACAUUCCUGACUAAAACCCCGAACCUUGCCCCCAGAGAGACUAAUGGAAAUGUGGCUUUAGGAGGUCAAAGUAACAUCAGCACCCACCCAAAUGCAGCAACUACAACUCCUCCUGGGCCUCUGGAGAAGCUCUGUCUUUCUGUGGUAGAGAAGCCUUGCCCCCAAACAACUAACAAUCUCUGCGGGGCCCUAGGAGCCCCUUCUCAACCUCAGACGAGUCUGGGGUUCACGGACACUGGGCAGACAGCACCAUCUCUCCCACCAGACAUCCACACGGUAACACUGCAGCUCUCCAGGUCACAGGUGGAAGAUGUUUUGCCGCCGGUGUUUUCAGUCACUCCGAAAGGAAGUGGGGCUGGCUACGGUGUGGGUUUUGACCUGGACGACCUUCUUAACCAGUCCCUCAGUGAUCUUCAGCACACUGACCUUAGAGACAGUUUUGACUCAGCGCCACUCUCUGCCUCCCUCUUGUCUGAUUGGCUGGAGGUUCACCGCAUGACCCAAGCUGACCUGGAGUCUCUACAGCAGGAGUUGCAGCUUGGAUCUCCCAUGAUUCUCUCUGACACAAUUCCCCCUGACAACUGACUUUUAACCUCCUUCACCUGGAAGUUAAAAAAUACAACAAAUGACAGGAUACACUCAGAUAUUUGAGAGUUGAAAUUUUCUAGCAUUAAAUUCUGACAAAUCAAAUUUUUUCAAAAGCACAAGAAAGCCUCAGUCUUUUCUACCAUUGUCCUGUACUUUCUAUUAAAUAAAGUUAAC